CACAUGAUCAUCAAUGGUGGUCGUCUAUUCAGUGAUAAGUUUGUUGACACACAAAAGUAAUUUUAGAUUGAAAUAGUAACACACCACCAUCGGAAGGUUUGUCAGUUGUUUGAUCUUGUCUUUUUUGAGACUGCCUGUGUUAGAGUCUUAAGUCUAGACGGUUCAGUGAUGUUGUUUUGUUAGUAUCUUGUAUUUGUAAGUCAUGGGAGAAGCAGCCGGAGCAGCUACAGGGGCCAUUACUCCACAACUAUCUCAGCUGAAUAUCACAAUUUGUUCUGCAAAACUAACUGCUACAGGUGGUCUCUUCUCUUCAAAGCCUGAUCCAUAUUUAGAGCUCAGUGUAGACAGCCAUUCACCCCGCAAGACAGAUGUUUGUCGUAAGACGCUUACACCAAAAUGGGAUGAUCAAAUGACAAUACUUGCCACUCCAUAUUCCAAAAUUGAGUUCAAGGUUAUGAGCUCUAACAGCAUCAGGACUGACACUAUACUGGGCUGCGCUACUUUAGAACUGUAUCCUAUAUUAGAAAAAGAAAACGGAAAAUUAAAAAACUGCAACAAAACAAUAGAGCUACAAGCAGAUGGCAAGGGCAAAGUAGGGGAACUCACUCUGAUUUUAAGUGAUAUGGAAGUUAACAUGAGGAAUUUUCCCAAAGACAGAAAAAAUGGUGCGAGGCCAGUUAGUGGAAUUCAGAAUGGUUCUGCGGCUGCAGCCUCAGCCAAUGGGCCACCACUUCCAGCCCAGAGAAACCCAAACAGCAACAGAGCUUCAGUUGCAGAUGGUGUGCGUAGACCUGCUCCGAGGGCGCCAGGAGCUCCAAAUUCACAAGGGCGCACCCCGCCUCCUGUCCCUCCUCCUCCUGCUAACCCCAGCCCAGCAGCCUCACCAACAGCAGCAGCAGUGCCGCCACUACCAAGGACUGCUUCCAGUAACAGUACUUCAGAUUCCUCUUCUACUGCGCCACCAACAACAGCUCCCCCAACUAGUACUGGACCGGUGUCCACUGAACCAUUGCCUCCUGGUUGGGAAAUGAGGACUGAUGUACAUGGUCGACCGUAUUAUGUGGAUCAUAAUACCAGAACUACAACAUGGGAAAGGCCGCAGCCAUUACCUAGAGGCUGGGAACGUCGAACAGACCCCCGUGGACGUACUUAUUAUGUAGACCACAACACAAGGACCACUACCUGGCAAUGUCCGAGCACAGAGUCUCUCAACAACUAUGCUAACUGGCAAGAAUGGCGAGGCAAUCGCACGCUGGAGCAGUUUGGUCAGAGGUUUUUAUAUCCGCAGCAGGCAGCACCUGCACAGGAGAAUGAUCCACUGGGGCCUCUACCUGAUGGCUGGGAAAAAAGAGUGGAUUCCAAUAACAGAGUUUAUUUUGUGAACCAUAGAAAUAGAACAACACAAUGGGAGGAUCCUAGAACUCAAGGAAUUAUGCAAGAAGAUCCUUUACCUGAAGGCUGGGAGAUGAGGUACACAGCUGAAGGUGUCAGGUACUUUGUGGAUCAUAAUACUAGAACUACUACAUUCCAAGAUCCUAGAGGUGGACCACAGAAAGGUCCGAAGGGAGCGUAUGGUGUGCCCAUUCAAUACGAGAGAAGCUUCAGGUGGAAACUGGGUCAGUUUCGUUACCUGUGUCACUCCAAUACUCUUCCUGGUCAUGUCAAAAUAACAGUGUCCAGAGACAAUCUGUUUGAAGACUCGUUUGCCCAGAUCAUGAGACUGCAGCCUUUUGACCUGAGAAGAAGACUCUACAUUAUAUUCAAAGGGGAGGAAGGUCUUGACUAUGGUGGCCUAGCUAGGGAAUGGUUCUUCCAUGUCUCCCAUGAUGUCCUGAACCCAAUGUACUGUCUCUUUGAGUAUGCUAGCAACAGCAACUAUAGUUUACAAAUCAACCCAGCCUCCAGUAUCAACCCAGACCAUCUGCAGUACUUUAAGUUUAUUGGACGAUUUAUAGCUAUGGCUUUAUACCAUGGCAAGUUUAUAGACAGUGGCUUCACAUUACCAUUUUACAAGAGAAUGUUGAGCAAAAAACUGACCAUCAAGGAUCUGGAAACUAUAGACUCUGAGUUUUAUCAAUCUCUGUUAUGGGUCAAAGAAAACAAUAUUGAGGACUGUGGCCUUGAACUUUACUUCUGUGCUGACUUUGAAAUUUUGGGUAAAGUAGAACAACAUGACCUGAAGCCUGGUGGCAGUGAAAUCAAGGUCACUGAAGAAAAUAAAGAAGAAUACUUAAACCUAAUGACCAACUGGAGAUUUACCAGAGGAGUCGAGGACCAAACCAAAGCUUUCCUUGAGGGAUUCAAUGAGGUGGUCCCACUUCAGUGGCUGCAGUACUUUGAUGAGAGGGAACUUGAGUUGAUGUUAUGUGGAAUGCAAGAAAUUGAUGUGGACGAUUGGGAAAGGAACACAAUCUAUCGUCAUUAUCAGCGCAACAGCAAACAAGUUGUUUGGUUUUGGAAGAUGGUGAGAGAGAUAGACAAUGAAAAGAGGACCAGGUUAUUACAAUUUGUGACUGGCACUUGCCGACUUCCUGUUGGAGGAUUUGCAGAACUAAUGGGAAGCAAUGGGCCGCAACGAUUUUGUAUAGAAAAGGUGGGGAAGGAGACUUGGUUGCCGCGCUCCCACACUUGUUUCAACCGGUUAGAUUUGCCCCCGUAUCGGAGUUAUGAACAGUUGGUCGAGAAGCUGAAUUACGCCAUUGAAGAGACAGAAGGCUUUGGACAAGAAUAAUAUCUGUGUUAAUCUUAAUGCAAAAUAACAUCGGACCAUCCUUUCAGAGUCAAGUCAAUCUAUGUGAUAUACAUUCUUUUAAAUAAACUGUCUGUCACAUGAGCAGGCUUCAUUCUUUUUACCUGGCAAUGUUUCUUUUCUUUGCAAGUUCCAAAAAGAAUCACAAUUAUAAUGUUUUCCUUCGGUUACUUUUAUGUUGUCUUCAUCCAUCAUUUGUACAAAAUUUUAUGGUACUUUUAUUUGGUUUUCAAAAACUGAAUAGAAAACAAAACAUUCUUUUUCUGAUUCAAUGUUUCUCUUUGCAUAUAAAUGAAAUGCUAACUAAUUGGUUAGAUGAAAUACAUUUUCUCAAUUGUAAGUUUCAAAUAUCUGAAAAGGUCAAAAGCAUUUAACAAUUUCAGACGAGGACCGAGUAUUGAAAGAUCUUUUUGACUAAUUUCAAAGAACAGAACUGACUUCAGACAGUUGUCUUUUGUCCUUGACCCUCUGACAACAUUGUUACAGUUCUUUACUAUUCAUCCUUCUUACACCAGUUUCUGUUUGUGAUACUCUUAUUGCCUACAAUUUUAUUUAUAGUCAUGUCUUUGAUGAAGUGUUUUUCAAAUCUUUGGUUUCAUAAAAUGUAUUCAUUCAUUCUUAAAAGUAACUUUCUAACAAGAUAAACUUGGAUUAGAAGACAUUUAGUGAAUAGAAAAAUCUUGAUGCUUCAAAACUCAAAACAAUCUACAAGUAAUGUAGAUUUGACUGUGGGUCUGUGGCCUUUUUCAGUCGCCAUUGGAAUCAUUUUAUUAGUAGUGGAGUGCUUAUAUCCAUAAUAAUUUCCAGCAAUAACAACGUUAUGGAACCAGUAACCAGACACAUUUUAAAAUUCUGUAAUGUAGUCACUGGACUAACAUUUCGAGCUCUGCAUCUGUAAAGCAGAAUUUGAUGUCCAUAAUUAUUAUCUCCAUGUAAGUUUACAUAUAAUUACUUAUUAGGACUAAUAGUAACGAAACAAAUAUACAGAGGAAUAGAUACAACUUUUGAAAUUCAUUCAACAAUACCAUCUUUUUGUUUUGUUUCUUGAUCUUAGUUUUGAAGUGGCUGUAAGUUUGAUUACAUUCUCAAGCUAUUGUAAUAUGGAGAGCAUUCUUAUGUACCAUCUAGCCACCUAUUCUAUUUUUGAUAUGAUAAGCAGAUGGAAUCAUGUUGACUUCUUGUUUACUUAAAAUAAAAAGACUUAUUAUAGAGUGUUAUUUAUAUAUAUAUAUUAUAUAUAUCUGUAUAUAGCUGUUACUUUGACGACGUUGGAAGGGGAGGUAAUGUCCACAUUGCUGUUACCUGUAUGCAAUACUGACCAGGUUUAAUUAGAGUUCGCUUUCUAAUCUGGUCAUUUCCAAUGUUGUGACCUGGUUACAAGUAAAGUGCUGUUUUUUUUUUGUUUUUUUUUAUAUACACAAUUCAGCCGACUAAUUAACCUUGUUAGUGUCCACUGUUAUUUUCUUUAAAGCGUGCCAGCCAGGUCAACUUAAGAUUAUCUGGCAACAUCGGAAUCUUCAUGUUGUUGAACAAAUGUCAAAAUGUUUUUCUUUCAUUUUUUUGUUUUUUUUUACUUGGGACAGCAAUUCUAGCUUUGAAGAAGGCAAAAAAAAGGGAUGGGGGUUCUUUCAUAAAUCAGUCCUUCAGAUCUUGAAAUUAACUAUUACAUUUGGCAAACUUGUAUGCAUUAUUAAACUGCAGGCUUGUCCUUAUCAAAUCUGUAGGUCCCUAGGACUCAUCGAAACGCACUGUCUCUACGACCUUCACAAGCGAGCAAACCACUUUCCCAGAAAACGCAAAAAAAAAAAAAGUUUUUGAAGUCAAUGCAAACAUUUUUUUUUAAACCUUUUUUUUUUUUUUUUUUUAAUUUUGAGAUGUACGAGGGAACUGUAUGGGUAAAAGAGAAGUAAUUUAAAUUUCUUUGACUACCAGUGUUACCUCCUCUUGUUUUCUCAACUUUGGUGAUUGUAAAUAGAUUUCCUAUGAUAAUGACUAGAAUGUUUCUAUGGAUUGUUAUUUGUAUUUUUUAAAAAUUGACAUUAAAAUGAUUGCUUACGAGGUUUUGUUAGUGCGGUGUAUGUGUGCACAUCUAAAACAGUACGUGUGAGUACAUGCCGGAAUGCCUGGAUCAUUUUGUAGUGUUUAGUGUCGAGAGUUUCUCUGUUAUGUGCGACUGGACAAUUCUAAAUGAUAACAUAUUUGAGGCCGUGAUUUGGUUUAUACGGCAAUAAAUGGUCUUUUUGUUUGACAGCUUAAGAACACAUUUUUUUUUAUAUCUCACAAUGUUAUUUAAAAAAAAACAACAGCUAAACAUAAGUUUUCUUUGAAAUGAGUCUGUGAUUCAUCUGGGAUAACAUUUCUUAGUUCUAUUGGAAUGAGUCUGAUUCGUCUUAAAUCAACAUCUGUUUUAACUGGGGGGAGGUUGCUACUUUUAGCUUGUCAUCACUAGCGUAGAAACGAUGAUAAAAGUUAAGGAUUCAGAAAUUUGAGUAAAGUGUUUCAAACCACUGAGAGUCAAUGUUGAUACUCGCUAUGACCCAAUUAGUUGAGAUCACCCAGUAGGCUGGAGAAAGCUGUUAAGUGUUGAUACAGUAUCAGCAUGAACCGAAAACCCAUCCAAUAAAAAAAAAUAUAUUUUUGUGUCUGUAAAUGUGUCCAGCUACUACUCUAUUUAUUUUAAUACAAAGAAUUUAAUUUUAAAAAAAUUGUUAUUAGAAACUGCCAUCCGAAAGCCAGUUUUGGGUUUGUAAAAAGUUAUUAAUAAUAUAUGUACUAUUUAGACUAUAGUUGUGGUUUAAGAAAUAGUCUUAAAUUGCUAUUCUUAUAAAUAAACUCUAAAUGCUUCUGAUAGGUCCAAACCGUUAUGAAUAUUAGAUACUUAGUAUCGUUAUUUAAAGAAAUAAAAUGAAUGUAACAUGAAGUUAUCCAACUUGACACAUAGUUUAGUUUUGCUUGACAUGUUUUGGAUGCUCCUUCAGAUUUGAAGAUCAUUACAUCCUUGGCAGAACCUUCUGUAGUAGGCCUACACUGGGGGAUGGCGGUGGGUAGGGUUCGAACCCUGUACCAUCGAAUGAGUCUAAAGUUACAAAUGUACGUACCACACGACCAGCCAGCCUUCCAAAUGCAAUCUAAAGCUGGGCUUAAAAACCUGACUUGGAAUUUUUUUGGUCGGGGGAUAUUCAUAAAAGUAUUUCAUCUAAUGUGCGUAAAGGGAGGUAACAAUAAGAUUCCAACUUAUGUAUGUGUUUAGUGAUGAGUUUGUCAGUGUAUACUUUGCCAGCCAGCUGACUGAGUGACAUCAUACAAUGAGUUUUUUUUUAGAUUUUAUUCUAACCACUUUCUAGUUUCAUGUCAUGUGUAAAUUGAUAAACAGGAAAUUAAACAUGGUUUUAUUUCAAACUUUAA